AGCAAGCAGCAGAGCUCGUCAGAGUCACAGUGAGCUGCGGGGUCGAGGAGAGAGAGCAGCAGCAGCCCGUCUCCCUCGUUCCACCGCCUCUCGCCGAUCCGAGCGCAGCCGUAGGGCUGCCACUGCUGCUUGCUGACCGCGAGUGGAUUCUGUGGCUCUGUACACAGUCCACUCGGCCCAGUGGCUUUACACAUUGAGCCCACAGAUCUUCUCAUCUGCUUCCUUUACACAAGGUUGAAGGUUUGAUGCAUUGGCUCUCGCCAUGAAACACCAAUGAUCCCUAGGCAGCACACCCUCUCACUAAGAUGGGAAAUGCCUCCGAAACGUAUCUGUUUGUGUCCAGAAUAUCGAAAGACAAUGACAUCCUCAUGGGGACGUUGUAUACAAUUUUUGGUUUUCUUUCCAUGCUGGGGAAUGGAACCCUGCUGUUUGUGGCUUAUAGAAAAAACUCCUCCUUGAAGCCAGCAGAGUACUUUGUAGUCAACUUGGCCAUCAGUGACCUGAUGAUGACCAUCUCUCUUUUUCCCAUUGCUAUACCAUCAGCCUACACUCAUAAGUGGCUGUAUAAUAAGACCACCUGCACCAUUUACGCCUUCUGUGGCGUUUUGUUUGGCCUGUGCAGUUUGACUACCUUAACAGUGCUUUCAUCCGUCUGCUGGCUCAAGGUUUGCUGCCCAAACUAUGGCAACAAGUUUUCCCACUGCCACGCCUGCUUGCUGGUCGGCGGCGUCUGGUGCUACGCGGCCGUGUUUGCUGUGGGGCCCUUGUUGGGCUGGGGAGAGUACGGGCCCGAGCCGUACGGUACGGCGUGCUGCAUCAACUGGCAUGCGCCCAGCCAUAACUCUUUGGCCAUGAGCUACAUCGUCUGCCUCUUCUUCUUCUGCUACAUUCUUCCCUGCACUGUCAUCUUUCUGUCCUACUUGUUCAUCCUGUUGACCGUCCGUGGGUCCCGCCAGGCAGUGCAGCAGCACAUGUCCCCGCAGAACAAGAUCACCAAUGCACAUGCGCUUAUUAUUAAGCUCUCCGUGGCAGUUUGCAUUGGUUUCCUGACAGCAUGGAGUCCAUAUGCCAUUGUGUCCAUGUGGGCAGCAUUUGGUAACCCCUCAAAUGUACCACCUAUGGCUUUCGCACUGGCCGCCAUCUUUGCCAAGUCCUCUACACUUUACAACCCGAUUGUGUAUCUGGUUUUUAAGCCCAACUUCCGCAAGUCUCUCUGUCGGGAUGUAGCCCAGUGCAGAAGGUCACUUUGCGGGUGUUCGUGUCAGCACGACUCCACCCAGAAGGGAACGUGCAGGCAAGCUCAUCAUAAAGAAGAGUGUAACUCUACACAGUUUUCAAACGGGCUACUGGAGAACCACGGCACCUGCAGACACUGUCCUUGUCCUGAGACUUUGACUCCAAGGGAAAACUGUAUCGACCACAACCCUCUGCGGACUGCCACGAUGCUCCAGGGGUCGCAACAUAGCGAGGUGGCUGUCAGUCAACUCUCCAAUGAGCAGCAAAGUGACUUCCUCUAGGUUGAACUUGCACACAGCAAGUGACUGCCAAGGAAAGUAAGCAAGUGGGACGAAAAGACACUGGAUGAGAGACAUUUGCUGCAAGCACGCAGAUAUGACACCUACGUGAUGAGCAGAACAGGUCAGGACUUUAAAGGCCAAAGUUUAAAGAACUUCUCUGACGCCUCAAAUAUGUGAUACUGCCAAAACACAGCUCCAGUCAUGCAACAACCAACUUGCAAACAGAUCAAAGUUAUUUCAGGUAAUGUAAACAUGCAAUGAUCUGGUCAGAUUACAGAUCAAAUUUAAGAGGACUUGUGAAAUGAUGAAGAGAUUUAGAGGGAAGAGCUCUCUAUGAAACUACCUUUAAUCUAUUUAUUAAGAAUAAUGUAUCCGGUGCUGUGUUUGCUUUAUAUAUUUAUUGAUGCAUGCCUCAAAGUUGAAGACAAUGUGGUAUUGGAUUUAUGUAAAAAGGAGGAUUUUCCUGUGUGCUUGCCUUGGUUGGCCAGCCCAAAUCAUUUGACGGGAGCAACCAAGCACUCGUUGGAGUUAACUGUAUGUCAGUCAGCUGUCGGCAGGAAAACACUGUGAGACAAGGUCCGUUCCGUUCUCCAUGAACUCAGCAGGAAGACCUCAGGACAAAAAAAAAAUGGAGACACUAUCACAUUUGUUAGUCAAAACAUUUUCUUAAAAGACCAUCUUUUUAAAUAAGCUGCAAAUGUCGAAUUGUUCAUGAGAUGUACUUGCACUGUGAAAAAGGAGUAGUUCAAUAGUACCAUUCUGACAGAAUUUGUGGUUUGCAUUCAUUGGAAGAAUCGCAAAUAUGAAUGAAAAGAAAAUAGUAAUAUUUCUUCCAUCCACUGUUAUUUGCAUUUUUUUUCUUUUUUUCUUUUUUUUUACGUUAUCUUAUUGUUUGUUUUAAUGUGUUUAUAAAAGUGAGAGCUGGCUCUUAGUAGUGCACCUGACAAGUAAGAAGAUCUUAAGAAUGAACAUAUUUUAGUGUCAAAGAAAUCAGGUAGCUUUCC